AUGGCUGCGGAGCCACCCCUUGUGGUGCCGGACGUCCUGCUGGCAGUGGACACUUCCUCCUUGAAAGGCCUGUUGGAGGCCAUCCUCGCUCGACUGCGCCUGUCGGAAGCCUCGCUUUCGGAGCUUCAGAACGAACGACAGCUUGACUUGCCAAAGCAGGGCUUGGUGGCUCGCAUCGACAAGUUAGAGCUGGAAGUAGACGCGCUGUUGAAUGACGAGAUUCCGGGCGUUGAUGGAGCUGGCAAUUGUCCAAGUCCAAGAUCACUCCGAUGGGAGAGCUGCAUGGAGGAUCUUAGACAGGGCAUCAGCCGCUGCGAGGCACGAAUCGAAGAAACGGAGGGGUGCGUUCGCGAGAUGCACGAGGCCACCCAGCAAAAUGCACACGACUUUGAGCUUCUUCAAGCUAGACUGAACGGCCUGGGACGUUCGGUUGACAUGCGGUUCGCGGAGACUGGUGGCAAAGUCGACCAGCUCAGCGAGGUGGUGGAGGAGCAUGCUUCUGAUAUCGAGGAUCUGAAAGUCAAGAUGCAAGAAGCUUUCAAUUCACUCCAGAAGCUUGACCUCAGCAACCUGAAGGAAGAGAUGGAUGCAGCACUGCGGAGAAUGGAGCGGAGGCUUUUUGAUGAGAUGCAGGAGUUGUCUGCCGAGCUCCGAGAGAAGCAGGAGCGGACCCGCCAGGAGUUGGACAAGGUCGUUUCGAGGUUCCGCACGCAGUUGAACGACCUCGUGGAAUCCGCCCUAGAAAACAUGCGGCACAGCCUGGGGCAGAAGGUUCUGAUGCUGGAUACAAAUGAUGAAAUGGUGGCAGCCGGAACAACAAAGCACUGCAUCUCAUGCUUUAAAGAUCGAUCCCAAUCUCCUGGCCGUGGUACGAUAGGAACCGAUGGGCAUGUGUACCAUCAUGCGCAAGAGGCCAAAGAGGGUGAAGAUGCUGAGCCACAGGAAAGGCCAACAUCGGCAAAGAGGUACGGCAUCAGCACUGCUGUUGCAGCACGCGAGCCCUCCGCCAGACUUGGUCGCGCGUGUCAACCACGUCCAGUAUCCAGCAGAGGGCGCAAUCCGGAGCGGUACGAUGUAAUGCUGGAGAAUUACUCCCGCAUGCUUGCACGGGGCAACGAUAAGAGCAUCGGCAAGCUCGUCGGCAUUCUGCAGCAAUGCUACCGUGUCAUUCGCCGACUUUGUGCGCCAGUUGAAGCCAUUGACAAAGGCAGCACCAGUCUAACAUGCGCUGUUGGGAUUCCGUGUUCCUGCAGGAGCUGUGGAUGCAG